AUGAAGUUAAUCGCGGUGCUCCUCGUGCUCAUACACUCGUGUGCUGCAUUGAGAGUCCUCCUCACCUCCACCGACUCGUGGGUGUCAAAGAACGUCAGAUUCAUGUACGAGUCGUUGAAGCAGGAAGGCCACGACGUGCGCGUGGUGGCCCCCUUAUACAACCGCCGCCACCCGGGCCUGGUGCGUUCGCUGGGAUCCCACCACAACCGCAACGACCCCACCGAGGAAGUUGCACAUGCCUCAGAAGACCCAGAAAACCCAGUGGCGCCCCAGUCCACAGAGAUCCCCGACGGAGGCGAGUUUGGCCACCUUCUCCCCGUGCACCAGACGUACUACUCCAACAUCAAGCACAUGAACCAGGCCCCCCGUGGCGCCAAAGGCGUCAUCAAGCACACCAAGAAGUCCAUCGUCUCCAACAACCACUUUGGCCAGGACCCGUUGGACGACCAUAUCUGGUUCGUCAACUCGGGUGCGUUGGACGCGUUGGUCAUCGGCAUGGACGUGAUCCUGCCCCAGAUCGGGUUCGAACCAGAACUCGUGGUGGUGGGCCCCAACGAGGGUCCCUCAUGGACCCCCCUGGGUUCAGACUCAGGUGGCCCUCGUGGCCACCGCGGCCGUGGCGCCACCCAUGCCAUGCUCAACUACUGCAUGGCCAAGAACAUCCCCAGCAUCGCCGUGUCCACCAAGGACUCGCACCACAUCUACUACCACGACGAGAAGUACUUCAACAUCGAGCCCAAACAGGGCCAGUCGUUCUUCAAGGGCAACGUGUUUGGCAAGAACAUCCAGUUUGUCAACGAAAAAAUCGCCCACGUCAUCGACUCCGUGGCACUCGACGGCGCCACAGCGCUCAACAUCAUCUUUCCCUCUUUCAACCACGCCGACUCCCGCUGCUUUACCUCCAGCUCGACUACCAUGGAGUUCAGACAGGUGGAGCAAGACUCGGUACCGCUCGAGACCGUCGAGUUUCCCCAGUACGAGUACUCCGAUGACAAGCUCAAGUUAGUCAAGCAGUACAAGCAUGCCACUGCCCACAACCAGGACAACAAGGCCCGCAAAGGCUCGCGCUUUAUCAACCAGGCAGAGCAUGAUGUGAUCAGCCAAUGUGGCAUCUCGGUCAAUGUGAUCACCUCCGAGCUCGGUUCCGGUGUCCACAGGCUGGUUCUAGACGUGGAGUCGAUGUUAGCAGCUGGUCUGGCUUAA